AUGGCUAUCAAAAUGAGUGGAUAUAAUGACGGGACAUAUGGUAUUAGUGGCAUUCCUCCUCCACGUAAUGUUGAAUUUAAGACCAAAACAAUCCCUUAUGCACCUGGCAUGCCCGUUCGCCUUAGACUGUCAGACCUAGCCGCCGCAAAUACGCCUAAGAAGCGAAGGCAAUGGACUCUGUUCAUUUUGGCAUUAGAACGGUUCAAAGCCUUGCCUGUGGAACAGAAGUUGUCCUACUUCCAAAUUGCUGGUAUCCAUGGUUAUCCCGCAACAUCAUGGGAUGGUGCGGACCCGCCAUCUACCGUUCCUGUUGAUUCGGAUGAUGAACCUUUAUAUUGUUCCCACAACUGCGUCACGUUCCCAACAUGGCAUCGGCCCUAUAUGCUGCUUUACGAAAAACGUCUAUGGUACCAUAUGAAAGAGAUUAUCAAAUCCUGGGAUACCACCGAAUCCCAAGCAAGUGAAUGGAAUGAAGCCGCAGAUACAUGGCGGUUGCCAUACUGGGAUUGGGCGCAAAGACAGACCUACAAUAACUCAUUUUCUCUCCCAGAAGUCUUUACCAUGAAAACCGUCCGAAUCUAUAAUUUCCUGGAUCCUGAGAUGGUAGAGAAUGAUAGGGGAAUAGACUAUCCAAAUCCUCUAUGGGGGUUCGAAAAUCCGGAACAGGGGCCCGAUGACAAACCAUUGAGAAUGGGCGAGAUGCCAGCGGGCGAGAUGCCAGCAGGCAAGGAAAAAUGGAAUAUUAGGGAUAACAAAGCAUUGCCGCUACAGUGGGGUCAAUGCUCAGGUGUAAGCCGAUAUGGAAUAUUCAAAGCCCAAAACGGCACCCUUACCGGUCUUGAAGGUGUCAACAAUUUUACAGUUGCGAAUGAAUGGAUCAAUAGUUUCUCAACCGAAGCUUACAAUCCGUAUCCAAAGGAUCACGAGGAUUAUGACAAAUGGGUCGCACCCGGGUCUUUGGCAGAUGCUGUGAAUCGGAUGUUUUCCAAAGACUACAACCAAACAUGGGCUACUUUCGCGAGCACCAAGUGGUGGGAGGAGAGUGAAGAUAAGAUCAGUACUGGUUACAUAUCUCUUGAAUAUAUCCACAAUAAUGUCCAUAAUUUGGCCGGGGGCCAAAACUUCAAAACUGGACUCGGCCACAUGUCCGACGUGCCAGUUGCAGCCUUCGAUCCUUUAUUUUGGCUCCACCACUGCAACGUGGAUCGUCUACUUUCGAUGUGGCAAGUACUGCACUGGGAUGCUUGGUGGACAGCUCCCGGAUCUUGCAUGGCGGCAGACCAGGAUCCAAUGCCCAAGGAUCCUCUGAAGCCAUUCCACACAAAGGAUAACGGCGACCCGAAAAAGGACUAUUGGACCUCGGAAAUGGCACGCGAUUGGACAAAGCUGUACUAUCAGUACGACGACCUAGUGCCUGACCCAGGCGCUAUCAGCUCAGAUGGCACACUGGACGAGAAUAAAUACAGACAAGAUCUCGAGACUCAUAUCGAGAAGAUAUAUCCCAGUACUAAGAAUUAUAUUCAAGGGAUCCGUCUUGACAAUAAAAUCAAGAACUCGGAUUUCUUCGAGGUUGGAGACGGACAUUCCUGGGAUGACUACAUCGUCAAUGUCAUUUAUGAUCGCUAUGCUCUCGACGGUCUUUCAUAUGCUAUCCAGUUCUGGCUCGGGGACAACAUGGUUGGUCAAGUGUACGCUUUUGCCGGCCUAGCGCCUGGCUCGGCCGAGUCAGGCGGCUGUGCAAACUGCGGGUCACAGAGGGACAACAAGGUGUUGUCCCGGGCUCAAGUUCCACUUACAGUUCCUAUCAUGGUCUUGGUUCUGGGAAAUCCCAAUGGGCCUCUUCGAUCGAUGAAGCAGCAAGAGGUGAGAGAUUAUCUGGCAGCCAAUCUUCAUUGGAAGUUUGUAGAGCUUGGCGGAGCCUUGAAGCCAGCCUCUGAUUUCCCUAACACGAAGAUUUCUCUCUGGCGUGGUAUUGGAAAGCCACAGAACCUCGUCGGCGGGGAUCGUCUACCAGCGGCAUUUUCUUCAUAUAGGCCAUUGCCUGAUAUUACAAAUGACAAAGAGUGCGGCUUAAAGCAAGAUGAUAGGAUUUUGGGCGAUCAUGCUUCUUACAGUUUCAGACGAUUCUAAUGGGGACGGCCAGGAAGGACAUGUCUGCAGACUAUUCGUCGGAAAAUUCACAAUUGAGACUGAUGAUACGGACAUAAGUGGCAUCUCAAGGAUUGAAACAUAUAGUAGUUGUCAGCUUAAUGGGUUUCCAGUAAGAUAUCUAAUAAAA